AUGGUCAGCGGGGGGGGCGGGACGGCGGCAGUCAGAGGCGUUCCCCCCUCGACGUCAUCAUGAGCCAGAUCCGCAGGAAACGCACGGCGUCGGACAGGAAGCCGCUGGGACGCCUCCUGUCCUGGACCUCAGACCGGACGGGGAUCCCGGAGGACGGAGAGCCGGAGGGCAGAGAGGACAGAGGACAGAGCUCAGGAGGUGUGGCUGAGUCAGUGGAGAGCGAGCGUGACGUCGGCUGGGGUCGAGUGUGUGUUUUCCUGCAGAGGUUGGGGAAGAGAGCCGACGGCCGGAGCCUGAGCCUGGCUCACUGUGAUCUCACUGCCACAGACCUGCUGGAGCUAGCGACGUUGCUCCAGUUUCUCCCUCAGCUGGAGGAGUUGGACGUCUCCUGGAACGAGCUGAUAGGCGGGUGUCUGAAGGCGCUGACCUCUCACCUCCAGCACGUGGGCGGGACCCGAGCGCUGAGGCUCUGCAGCUGCAGGCUGAACGCCGAUGACGUCACCGCUCUGGGUGAAGCUCUCGGCUGCGUGCCUCUCUUAGAGAUCCUCGAUCUGUCCUGGAACAGUGGCGUCGGGGGCGGCGCUUUGCAAGGCCUGCUGGGUAAACUUCACCCCCCGCUGAGGGAGCUCCACCUGGUGGCCUGCCAGCUCACUGCGGACGAUGCUGCCGUACUGGGAGGAAUGGUGUCUGCUCUCCACAGACUCUGCGUGUUGGACAUCUCCUGUAAUCCUCAGCUCACACAGGAAGUUGAUGCCGGCGGUUUCAGAGAGCUGGCGUCCUCGCUCGCCCACGCCGCGCCCCUCACCGUGCUUCGGUUACAGGCCUGCGGUCUGACGACGGACAGCCUCGACGCUCUCGGUGGUUCGCUCCGCUGCCUCCCCGCAGUGCGACAGUUGGACCUGUCCUGUAACAAAAGUCUGGCUGGAGGUCUGGACCGCCUCGCCCCCCACCUGGCUCACCUCACACACCUGGAGAGCCUCGACCUUCACCUCUGCCGUCUCACACACACCGACCUGGAAGCCCUGAUCCAGGUGCUUCCCUCGCUGCCGGCGCUCACGGAGCUCGACGUGUCGUCCAAUAAGGAGGCGGGGGGCGCGGUCCACUCGCUGGUCUCCGCCCUCCCUCUGACACAGAUGAGGCGUCUGCCGCUCAACAGCUGCAGCCUGAACGAGGAGUCCUUCACUGCUCUCGCCGCCGUGUGCAGACGUGGCUGUCUGUCCUCCCUGCGGGUGUUGGAUCUGUCCUACAACGGCUCUGUAGGCGACGCUGGCUGGUCUGCGCUGUUUGCAGCAGGAGGCCUGGGCUCGCUGGAGGACGUUGACCUCAGCCUACGACCUUUGACCUCUGCACCCUGCUCGGCCUGGCUGCCGGAGCUGGUCUGCGCUCUGCCUCGACUGCCCGCGCUGGCUCGCCUGGCUGCGCAGCGGUGGACGGUCAGCUCUCAGGACAGAGAGCAGCUGAGCCACCGCCUGAGGAAGAGGAGCGUCCUGCUGGAGUGGGAUACGGACGCAGCAUCGCCAUUCAAAGCGACCAAUCAGGAGAGCCCAGAGGAGUAGGAUUAGAAAUCCUGAGGAUCCUGAAGGCAUCAUAUGUUACUAAUGAAGGACACCUGAAUUAAAAAUCAUUACUGCACCUUCUAACAGGAGAAGUUAACGAGAGAAACAAAUUGUUUUGUUCUUAUACUAAGAUUAUUUUUCUGGCUUUUUAUUGCCUUUAUUUGAUGAUUUGAUGAUGAUAUAUGAAAAACAUUUUUGGUAUUUUCUAGAACUUGAAAAUUUUCAAAAUUGAACAGUCUCAAAUAAAAAACCAACAAAUAACGACGUACAGAACAAAUGUGCUGAUAUGUAACUAAGGAAGGGAGGAAUUCUUGUUUACUCGUUAGUUAUGGUCUCUGAUCUGAGAACAAUCUUUAACUGUAGAUCAAUAUUCAUAUUCAUGUUACACAGCUACUUUUAUAAAACGUAAGUUCUACUAUUAAUUAUUUGGUUAAACAGAAUGUUUAUGAUGUGUUUUGAAUUAACAUAAAGAUUUAAAUAUGUUUCUGAUAUCUAUAUGUAUUAUAUGUAAAGUAUUCUCAAAUUGAUGUUUUGCAUUUACAUCAAAAAAACUCUUCAUACAGCUGAGUUAUCACCCAGUUUUAUAAAAUAUGAUGAAGCACUUAUGGAAUACUUGAAUGGUCCAACAUGAAUACACAGGUUACUUUUAAAUCUAUGCACUAAACGUUUCAAUGUUCAUUUUGGAGGCACCUUUAAUUAAAA